AUGACCCUUUGCUCAAAAGUGGGCUGCAGGGCAAAACAGGAGUGUGCUCUGAUCUGGCCGCCUGUUCCCCAAAUUGUGCCCUCAGACGGCAAGUGUGAUCCCGGGUGGGUCGAGCAGGACUCCAGCUGCUACAAGAAGGAGGUGAAGCCCAACGGUUGGCUGGGGGCCUGGCACCACUGCGUCUGGCUGGGCGGAAACCUGGUCUCGAUCACCUCCUCGACCGAGGAAGACUUUGUGAAGACGACCAUGGACAAGGACACCCCCUUCUGGCUGGGACUCUCCAACCAGAAAUGCGACGACUCCUGGUGUCGCUUUGAAGGCAGGAGCCAGAAGCUGGCCUGGUCUGAUGGCCAGACAACAACACACCGCAACUGGGCCCCAAAAGAACUCGAAAGCGCCGACGUUGCGUCCUGCGCCUACGUCAACCAAGGGGGAAUAGGAGAGCCUGGGAAGUGGCGCUCUGGCUCCUGUCAUUCCUCGUUGGCCUACAUGUGCAAACGGCCGCAGAGCUGCCCAGAGGGACAGACGUGUUCCCCCAAACAUGGUCCUGCUGUAGUGAAGAGUGAGUUGCAGCACGCUUAUUUGCACUUUGGCCGUCUUGUCACGGUAACGUUUUUCUUUGCGGGCCCAGCUGCCUACUGCGAUGACAACACCUUCCACUAUGACGAUUAUUGUUACCGUUACGAGAAGACGCAUGAAAAUUAUGACAAUGCUGAGAAGUUCUGUCAAGCCCGGGGAGGCCACCUGGCUAGCGUCCACUCUAAGCAAGAGGCCCAAUUUGUGUAUGAUCACUCGCAGACCCAACAAUCUGCUUUGGUGGGACUCAAGAAUACGACGGGCGACGACUACGAGUGGAGUGACGGAACAACCUUUGAGUACAAACAAUGGGAAAAAGGCACCUCGGGGGACUGUGUGUUCCCAAAUUCUGUUGGGGAGUUGAGUGGCUGUCAGUGCUCAACGGCGCGGCCAUUCUUCUGCAAAACAGCCAAGCACGGAGGGACUCGACGGCUGGCAUCAUCAGUCAGCCUCGUCAGCUGGACUGACAAAUGCGGCUGGUGGCUAGACAACCCCACCGACGACUUCUGCUACCUGAUGAUCAGCCAGCCCACCAAGACCUGGCAGAAGGCGCAAGACGACUGCAAACGCCUCGAAGGGGACCUGCUCAGCAUCACCGACUCGCGUGAGGAGGCCUUCAUAAAGGGUAUCGCCAUGGUUCUGAUGGGUGAUGACGCCUCCCUGUGGUUGGGCGCCAACGGAGGCAUCGAGGGUGACGGCGGCAAGUGGGUUGACGGAUCCCCCUUCUCUUACCUCCACUCGAGUGCAGGUGACGCCAACGGGGGGAAAUGUCUUUCCUUGCUCACCGGCAGCAGUGACUGGGAGCGUGACAAGUGCGACAACAUGAAAGGCUACGUCUGCAAGAAAAGAGGAAAAGGAAAGACAGCAAAACCCCAGCUGCUGCUACAUGACGGCUACAAGGAGGAAUUUGUCUGCCAAGACGAUUCGAGACUCCUUGAAUGUUCCGAUGAAAGCGUCAUCCGCGUACAGUCGGCUUUCCUCGGACGGAGGCGUAGCAACGUCUGUCUGAGUGGCGGCGCCGGAUCACACGGUCGCUGCAGGAUGAAAGGGGCUCUCUCUCACUUUAGAGCAUUGUGUGACAAACAUCAGAUUUGCCCCAUUCAACCUACGGAUACGGACCCCUGCCCUGGUGUCUCCAAAUACCUCCACAUUGUCUACAGCUGUGAGGAGAAAGUGUGUCUUGACAGUCUGGGCAUCGCUAGCGGGGGAAUCCCAGACUCCUCCUUUUCAGCCUCUUCCUCUGCGAUCAAUGGCGAACCUCACAAAGCGCGUCUGGGGGGCAGCGGUUGCUGGAGACCGUCCAAAAUACUCGGCAGCUGGAUCCAGGUGAACCUCGGUCAGCGCUUCAAGGUGACGGGCAUUGUGACCCAGAGGUGUCUCUACGAAGGGUAUUCUUCCAGCAUAUUUGAGUUGCAGUUCAGUAUUGACGGAAAGACUUGGUAUCGCCACCCAGAGCAGCCUGUUGUGGGGACGUACAUGCUAACCAGGUUCGUGUUGGCCCAGUACAUCCGCCUUCUGCCAAAGUUUUUUGGCCUUCGCUUUGACGUCUUAGGGUGCAUGCCUGACGACACCUCUCGCGACAUCUUAUGCAGCAGCACAGCCACCAGCCUCGGCAUCGACGGUUCAAUGACGGUCCGGUGCCCGCCGGGCUGCGCCCAAACCUACACGGUCUACGGAACACAGAUCUACAAACAAGAGUCAAACAUCUGCGCGGCUGCCAUUCACUCGGGCGUCAUUGAGAACGCGAUUGGAGGAAUUGUGACUUUGCUGAAGAGAGACCCACAGAAGGCCUACAACAGCUCCGCCAGGAACGGGAUCACCUCGAGUGUUGGUGACGGUUUGGCUCGAUCUCCGUCUUACACUUUUGGAGACCAGGAGCCGAGAUGCUUGGGACCUGAAUGGGAGGAGUUUGCGGACUUUUGCUACAAACGUUUUGAUGAGAGAAAGACGUGGUACGGCGCUCGACAAAACUGCUCCUGUCUGAAUGCCAAGCUGGUGUCCAUUCGCUCCAAGGUUGAGCGGGAUUGGCUGCAAGACCUCCUGACGUCAGCACCCGGCAACACGUGGAUCGGACUGAACGCCCUGGUGGUUCCCGGCAAAUUCGCGUGGUCGGACCACCAGAAGGUGACCUUAACCAACUGGGCUCCGGAAGAACUUGGCGACAGGUUGGAGAAUUGCGUGGCCACCUUGAGCCAGUCUGGCAAAUGGAAGAUGAUGUCGUGCGCGCAACUCAACGGCUACAUGUGUAAGAUGCCCAUGGAGCGUUAUGCGCUGGAUAAAGGCGCCAAUACAAGUGGCGAGUAAUCAUACGAAUGCAAUUGACCUUGCAUGAUCGUUCUGUUUGAUUUACCAUGCAUUUUGAUUGACUGAUUUGCCAUGCAUUUUGUUUGACUGAUUGAUGCUUUAUUAUGACUGAUUUACCAUGCAUUAAUCUUUUUGUUAGAUUUACCAAGCGUUAUGAUUCUGUUUACUUCUUCUUGACUUAAUGUGAUAUGACGAUUUACCAUGCAUUAUUAUUCCUUUGUCCUAUUUACCAUGUUAUUAUUCUCUUAGAUUUACCGUGCAUUUUCAUCAUUGAUUUCUUAUAUUUCAUUUACUUAUUGUUAAAUUUACCAUGCAUUAUGAUUAUGCCAUCUGAUGAUUUACCAUGGAUUAUUAUUCCUUUGUCCAAUUUACCAUGCUAUUAUUCUCUUAGAUUUACCGUGCAUUUUCAUCAUUGAUUUCUUAUAUUUCAUUUACUUAUUGUUAAAUUUACCAUGCAUUAUGAUUAUGCCAUCUGAUGAUUUACCAUGCAUUAUUAUUCCUUUGUCCAAUUUACCAUGUCAUUAUUCUCUUAGAUUUACCGUGCAUUUUCAUCAUUGAUUUCUUAUAUUUCAAUUACUUAUUGUUAAAUUUACCAUGCAU